AACGACCACCGUCGAUCUCACUCUUUGCACUCUCGCUAACGUAAGGACGAAUGUUCACCGAGAGCAAAUCGCGAGCACAGCUCGAUGACGUUGGAAAGCACAUGAAGCUGCAAAGGAGAUCUACCGAUCUUUAAUCCGCCGAUGAUGCACACUCCAGCUAGAUGUGACAAGUUUUCUGAAAGAGAUCAAUGACAGAUCAACGUUUGCACAAGAGCGUAAAUCAGCAGCACGAUUAGAAGCAAAGGAUGUCGUUCCGGAAUCGAUAGAACAGCCUGGUAAUCUCUGACACACAACUGCCCGCAACUGAUUUUGUCCUGACGCAUUUUACAAGCGCAAACGUACAAAAUGAUGAUAGUAAUGACAUCACGUUUCGCCCAUAUGAUUUUCAUCUGCUGCCUCGUUUUAAGCACAGGCUGGUCUCAGAGUUGUCAGGACCAAGAUAAGGGAUGGGAAAAGAUUGCCGGAGCGAAGCCAGCAAACGCUGUAGAAACUGUAUUAUACAGAAACGGUGCCACAGGUAAUAACGGUAUCGUCACGCCUUGCUUUGACAGGUGCAAAAGGCAAAAUUGCACAGCAUUUGUCGUCGACUUCGCGAGAAACAUUUGUUACAGCGUGCAAGUAAACGGCGAAGAGCUUAUUCCUGAAUCUAACGCUACGUUUUUCCACAAAAUUUGCAUUAAAGUUCCAUCAAGUUGCAAAGAGUACAGAUUGUGGCAAGUAGAAAGAACCUUGGGAGCUAUCUUAAAAGAUGGACACUCAAACUUGUACUAUCAAGCAUUGUCGCGAAGAAGCGAGUGUUACGAGAAGUGUUUGCAAGCAGGAGACAAAUGUGAAUCCGCGCAAUUUCGUACGAGCGAGCCUUUGUCAAUUAACGACACUAUAGGCACAUGCUCAUUAUCGAAACUCGAGAGAGGUACCAGACCACAAGCUUAUAGAUCGUCGAUGUAUCGAGACGAGUAUUUGCAAGAUCAGUGCCAUAAUAUAUCAAAGAAGAACUAUUGUUCUUACGCAGAAUUUCGGAAUGUAACAUUGCCAUACUCGGAUGUGGCGCUUCCGGGACUCGACGCAAAGCAGUGCGAGGAGAGAUGUGACCGCAGCAAGGAUGGUUUCACAUGCAGAGCCUAUACCGUGGACUAUUCGGAGGAGAAACCACUCUGUUUGCUGCACUCCGAUGACACAAUCGGUCUUGGAGUCAGUUCGCUAAUUACCAGACCUAAUGUGAUUUACAAAGAAGAAGAAGCUUGUCUAGAUUUAAAAGUGCUAUGCGGCGAAUCAACUAUGACAGUUACACUCACCACUGCUGAGCCCUUCGAGGGACGGAUAUACGCGAGUGGACAUGGAGAAACCUGCGGUGUUAAUGGCGUUGGGAAAAACGUAACCAUAUUAAGAUUACCACUGCCAAGAAGAGAACAAGUCGGCCAGUCCGACAUCGAAUGUGGUCUUACACCCGCGUUUUCCAUCGACAACGAAAAUCGAACGCAUACACUGAUCUGGGCCACUAUUAUAAUACAGUAUAAUCCAAUCAUUCAGCGAUUGGGAGAUCAAUCGGUGAGAGUCGGAUGCUCGUUAGAUGACAACAAUGUCCCGGAACCGAGAAAUGUGUCCGUUCAUUCGAGUUUUAGUUUCUUGGAUCCAAACGCAGGCGUGCCGCCGGUUGCAUCGACCGUGGUGAACGCAUCAUCGGAAGCGCCGGUGGUAACGAUGAGGAUCCUCAAUGAGGAGCAUAUGGAUGCAGUCGUCACCCAAUUAGGACAAAAGCUAACGCUUAGAAUCGAAAUUCAACCUGUUAACGGACCUUACGAUAUCGCAGCAGGACACCUCGUAGCUAGUAGCGCAUCUGGCGAUGCGUCAUAUCUUCUUCUAGAUCAGUCUGGAUGUCCAACGGAUCCUACGACUUUUCCCGCGCUAUUAAAGGAUCCGAUAGAUAAUCGUUCUUUGAUCUCAACAUUUACUGCCUUCAAAUUUCCCGACAGUCAAAUUGUUCGAUUCAACGUCAUCGUCAGAUUUUGCCUCGAAGAGUGUGAACCAACUACAUGCAGAGGGGGACAGAUUUCAUACGGCAGGAAGCGACGAUCGAUCGAACAGCAGCACAGUGCCGAGGUAACAGAAAUUUUCCGAAACCUCACACCCGCGGAAUUACCAUUACAACUAUCUAUCGUCGUUCAAAGUCCGGUGAUAACAGCGGAUCAUUUACUGUCCAGGGAAAAUCCAGUUCCGGACACGGUUUUGAUCACCGGCGGAAAAUCCAUAGAUGGCCUUUUCUGCGUGGAUGCAAGCUUAGCUCUAGGUCUUUUGAUUUUUUGGUUAAUAAUCCAAAUCGUACUCACCGCCGGCUGUCUCCUAGCAGUCGGUCGCUAUAGAAGGAUGGCCAUCGAGGCCGAAGAGGACAGAGCUGAUAUAUUGGCGAGGCAUUUAUAUGGGAUUCAUGGAGGAAACUUCGAAAUUGCACGAAGAGUCAGGUGGGCCGAUCGAAACGAUUCAAUCGGAUGAUUAGAACUUUUUCUGAUUUUUUAAACCAAAACAAUUAAAGUUGGCAAAUUUAGGUGAAUCUAUAAAAUACAUAUUGAUCAUUUAAAAUUUACUU